AUGGCAUUUGUAUCAGGAGGAGGAGGCGGUGGUGGUGGUGGAGCCGGAAUUGGAGGAACAGGAAGUGGUUUACCGACGGUAGCGCAAUCAGCAGCAACAUCAUGUGGCAUACCCUCUGCUUCGUUACGUCCUCAGGACGCGCAGGCGAUGUCACCGCGUGGUGCAGCGUCGCUUACUGCAGCAGCUUUGGCAGCUGCUCAAGUUUCGACAACUCCAAUUCCUGCAGCUCAUCUACUGUACCAGCAAUUUUUUUCGGCCGGAGCUGUUGCAGCACAGUCACAGCUAUUGCAAGGGACUGCAGCCGUGUCACAAACGACGCCAUCUCUUCCGCCGCCGACGCAAAUAUUACCGCAAGCCGCUGCAGCGGCAGCAGCAGCAGCAGCAAAUGCCGUGGCGGUCGCUGCGCAACAACAGCAAUCCGUUCCGUCUCAGCAACAAACAGCGUCUGCAUCACAGUCACAGCAGCAGCAACAACAGAAUCAAGCAUUUGUAUUGGCAAAUGCGGCGCAAGCGCUUGCGAUCAAUCAGUUGUUACUGCAACAGAGUCCGCUUCAGCAGCAGGUGCAAGCAGCUUUGGCGCAACUGCUCAAUCCGUUCGCCUAUUACCAACCUCACUUGACGGCACUACUUCAACAAAGUCAACUCACCGCUUCCAAUCACAUGCAGCAAUCGCAGCAACCAGUUCAAAUUCAAGUUCAAAAUGGGAUUGGAGCACCAUUAGCUGCUCAGCAACAGCAAAAAAUGAUUGAAAAUUUGUUGGUAGAACAAGUGGUUCGAAAUCCGACAACACACGACAAAAUAGAUAUAUCACAACCGGUCGUAACGGAUAAUAGAAAUAUCGGGCUGUUGACAAGUGCAGAGUCAGUUAAGGAACACAUAUCUCGGUUGAUUAGCGAAAAUGAAGCAAUUUUGGAACAGAAUCCGGGUCUUAUUAAAAGGCGCCCAUAUCAUCGUCAAGUAGGCUCGCAAUCGUCUGUUGAACUUGAAACGGGUAUUAGAAGUCAGAGUAAUUCACCAGGUUUGCGUGAUGUACGCUUACAAUUCACUCAUAGUCAAUCAUUUUAUGAAUCACACAAACCACUUGCCGUACGAGUAACCGGUGGACCAUUAACUAACGGUCAUCCAAUCGUAAAAGCAUCGGACAAAAGUACAUGCAAUUAUUGCGAAUUGAAGUUUCCAAAUGAUGCUGCUCUUGUUGCUCAUGAAAUUCGUUGCAGCAAACGGGCUGAAAUACAUUCGCAAGCGACGUCAUCAUCGGCACCAUCAUCAGCAGUAUCCGCUGCACAUCUUCAAAUGGUUCAGCAACAAAACCCGGCAAAUACCGGGGUUGUCGACAGAGUUAGGCGUAAAUCGAGUACCUGCAACAAUAAUACUAUAUCUUCUUCCCCCGUGUUGCACGAAAAUCGUCAUCCACUCAAACGGCGGCUUCUUGCAGCUGCGGAACAUCUCGAUGAAUCGCAAGCAUCAACAAGCAAAACUUCAAAAUUGGAAACGCCGAAAGCAAAUAUAAACGUUACAAAUCCAGUCUGUAUAUCAUUGCCUACGACACAUUACAAAGCUCCAGUACUUCCCCUACGAAGUUUCAACAGUAUUAGUAAUAUCAGUGCUGUUAGUGAGACUUCUGUUCCUGCUACACAAACGGUAAUAAUGAUAACUUCUCAUCCCACGAAUCAACUUGUAAGUUCGAAGAACGUACAAACACAUAAACGAAUAUAUCCUGCCUCAACGAUUUCACAGAAUACCAGUGUAGCGGCCAACAAACCAUAUAUUUUAACAUUGAACGACGUAUCAACAGCCCGGAAUGAUGGUACGUCACGCCGAAGUCGCAUGCGUAAUAUUACAACGGAAACGUUUGCCACGUUGAAUAAGCCCCAGCCAAUGUUCUGCGAACAUAAGCCGAAAUUAAGCAUGUACAGCAACUGGCAACAAAGUACUGUAGAUUCAGAGGAAGCAAAAUUAAAUUUGCUCUACAUAAGCACAUGUUCGACAAAACCGCGAAUGGGUGUUAAGCAGCUAUGGAGGUAUACUACGGCAUUACGUGAAAUGGGUGUACUGAAAGUGACGCAUUCUUCAUUUUGGGAUUACUCGACCAAAAUACGUUUACGUCAAAAUGCAGCGGCUACUGCAACGACAGCAGCAUCGUUGCAUUCUCAAGCAGUGGUUGCAACGUUUGUCCAGGAACGCUCCUCCGCUGUAGCAUCGACAUCAGCAACUGUUUCUGCGACUAAUGCUAUUAAUUUUAUACCGACUAGUAACCCUCCGAAUGGAAAGAGUGAUAGUGAUGCAAAUAUCAGUGAUAAAGAGAAUAUGGCAAUGAUAGAGAAGGAUCGGGAUUCUUCAACUUCUUUUAAAGAGUAUAUUUCUCGCAUUUAA